UCCCGUCAACCCGCUCUGCCACAACAGCUGGGGGAGGAUUUCCGAGCCAGUCAUGGCGAAGAUGGUGGCAGCUACGGGCGUGGAGAUCCAGCUUUCGCCCGGAUAGCGAGAGAAGCGUCACCAGGAGCCGGAUCAGGUCUUGCAAAGCCGCACCACCCUCCAAGGUAGAAGAGAGACCAGUCAAGGGGGAAAGGGAGGCGACCAGCGGCGGACGGAAGAGCGCGCACAAUAGCCAGCGCGCGCGCACACUGCUGCUGGAUACAUGCAGGCAGGCGAAACUCUCUGGAUCCCCCGGACCAGGAGCCAUCGAGACGGACGAUCGAUUCCCCGCUGGCGAGACACCCGAGGGGAUCCGUGGAAGUGCUCCGGAGAUCCUCCGCUCUCUCCUUGAGGGAAUGCGAGGGAAGGAAACCCAGCGUCACUUGCAAAUAAGCGGACUGGAUCUGCUCUCCAAACGCAGGAAAUUCGGCCUGGGAAAAAGUUUGGAAGCUUUUGGAGGCGACCGAGAAGGGAGGGGAGAGGGCUUCUCUUCUCACUGACGUUUGGCACGCGUUUUACGACUUGACUUUUUCAGUACUUCCAGUCAGGCUGUGGUGCGUUCGGCGGCGCAGAAAGGAAGCCGUACACGCUGCUGCUGUUGUUAUUGCACGACUUUUGAUCAUCUCUAUUUAUAGACCGAGCCAGGCUGUAUGUUUUGCCUGCUGCGCGCAACAAGUUGCAGACACUCCCAGCCGACGCACAUUUGGACCAACCUGUACGCUGGAUUCCUCCGUGUUUUCCUCCGCUCUCGCUUGGAUUAUUGGCGUUUUGAGUCGCUGCUGGACCUCCUGCUCUCAAGGCCGAGGAGGAAAAUCCUCUGACUCGGAGAGGGAGUUCAGGAAAGGACGGGGCCGGAUCUGUGGGAAGAGGCCUGCCUGUCAGGCCGCUAAUGCUCCGCUCUCUGGACUUCACUGAACUCCAAAAAGGGAGCGCUGCCUCGGAGAGUUCCAAACCUUACAAAGAUAGAGGAGACACAACUCUUCCGGAGGAAUGAAGGAGAAGGUAAUUUUUUUUUGAUGCAAGACUUAAGAACUUGGAUUGAGGGCUGAAUUCUUCUCUCCCUCUCUCUGGCCUGACCGUGGUUUUUGGAAGUUUAUAGUCCCUCAAGGUUCAUUUGUAGUGAACAAACAUUCUGUUGUUGUAGGGAGGAUAUGAGUGACUGCAUUAUUGUACUCCACGCCAUAAACAUCUGCUGACAGUGAGCGUCUGCCCCCACGAUGACACCCUGGCUCAAUAGGUCGGACGGUAAACCCUGACAUUUUUAGUGUCACCUGGCUUAAGUAGUUUGAAUCACCCGGAGAGGCUCAUUUCCAGACAGCCGAUGUGAGGAUCUAUGUGGGGGAAAACCCUCCUUGCACCAUCAGCAUAUCUGAGAAGGAUGUUGAAAUUGACUGAUGCUGUUUUUCUAGCCCGCUGGAAAGAAAGCUGGGCUCCAACUCAAAGGCUGUUUAGAGAAGGAUUCCUGUAAUAUGGGUACUGACGCAGAGCGGAGGUCAUAGAAUGAACUGUUCAAUAAACUGGAGCGGCCCAUCUAGCAUGGAUGAGUGUGCAGGCUUCUGUGAGCACAGCGAUGACGUCUGAGACGUGCUCUGAGUUCACCAAGUGUGAUUAUUUCAACAACACCUUCGCUCUUUCCCCCGCUCCGCGUGCCUCCCUCUGCCUGUGCUGCGCAUGCAAUAGACUGGGUCUGGCUGCCUGAGCUCCACCUGAUGAUCGUUCUCCACACCACCCGACUGUGACAAUGUCAUCUGCGGAACCUGAGCAGCAGCUUGUGAUGCAUGGCACCAAAGUGAGCUGUGCCUCCAGUGGAGAUUGCGGCGUGACGGUGCAGAUCACCAACAACGCUCCACAAGGCCAGCAGCAUGGACCAGUGAGGGUCGGCAACAGUAGGGAGAUGGAUGAAGGCCGUUCGAACAAAACCAACCCUGGCCUUCACAAAUACAGCAUCUCUUCUAGCUGCAGCUCCGACUCUAGACCACCUGUGAAUUCUCCCUCCAGAGCGCAGCGGAGGGCGCCCCCGCUUUUUGAACGCUCGGCCGCCCAGUGCUGGGACCCCAAGUUCGACUCCCCGAUCCUGGAAGAAGCUUGCCAGGAGAGGUGCUUCCCCCAAACGCAGCGGCGCUUCAGAUAUGUCCUCUUUUACCUGGCCGUGGCCGCUCUUCUCUGGGGGCUCUACUUCGGGGUCAAUCAUGAGCGGUGUCAUCCGGUGUCCUUCCUGGCUCCCACGGCGUCUUUCUUGGUUCUUUUACUGCUCCUGUUCCUGUUCACCCUGACUCAACAAUACACUCAAGUGUACAACCAAACCUCCUUGCUGCUGAUAGCCGUCACCUUUGCCAUCACGCUAGCUCCACAGAUACAGACUGCUGGUUACUCUGAGCUGGAGUGGGCCGCCGGUGGAAACGGUUCACACCUAGGCAAGCUGGACAAGUAUCCCACCCCUUGCAUCUCUCCUGUGGCAACAUUUUCGUUUUGUAUCGAAGUGCUGUUACUGCUGUACAGCGUCCUCCAUGUUCGCCUGUACGCCUCAGUGCUACUCGGACUCCUGUACUCGGUACUGUUUGAAGCUUUGGGCUGGUUGCCGUUGCUCCACAGGGAUGACCUCUCUACAUUCGACUGGGGCGGGGACACACUUCGCUGGCUGGGCCCGGCCAAAGCGCUGCUUCACCUGUGCGCCCAUGUCAUCGGCAUCCACCUGUUCAUCAUGUCCGAGGUGCGCUCCCGCAGCACCUUCCUCAAAGUCGGCCAGGCUGUUAUGCACGGCAAAGACUUGGAGGUGGAGAAGGCCCUCAAAGAACGCAUGAUCCACUCGGUCAUGCCUCGGCGUGUCGCAGAUGAGCUGAUGAAGCAGGGCGACGACGAGUGCGGCAGCGUGGAGAACUCUGGCAAGCGCUUUUCAGCCGGUGCCUGCUCUGCUUCCGGCAUCAUCGUGGGCGGCGUCGGAGCUCCUGGAGUUUCACAAUCUCAAAGUGUUACAAGCUCCAAAAUCUACCCUCAUAACAACCACAAACGGAAGAAAACAUCCAUCCCACGAGGCCAGAUCAUUUUCCGCCCCUUCAACAUGAAACGAAUGGAGCCGGUCAGCAUCCUGUUUGCGGACAUCGUCGGCUUCACCAGAAUGUCUGCGAAUAAAUCGGCUCCGGCCUUGGUGGGCCUCCUCAAUGAUCUGUUUGGACGUUUUGAUCGUCUUUGUGAACUGACUUGCUGUGAGAAGAUCAGCACCCUCGGGGAUUGCUAUUACUGCGUGGCGGGCUGCCCCGAGCCCAGGCCGGACCACGCCUACUGCUGCGUGGAGAUGGGCCUCGGCAUGAUCCAGGCCAUCGACCAGUUCUGCCAGGAGACCUGCGAGACCGUCAACAUGCGGGUCGGCGUCCACACGGGCACGGUUCUGUGCGGCAUCCUGGGGAUUAAACGCUUCAAGUUUGACGUGUGGUCCAACGACGUCAAUCUGGCCAACCUGAUGGAGCAGCUGGGAGUGGCAGGCAAGGUGCACCUGUCGGAGGCCACUGCCUCGUUCUUGGAUGACCGCUACCAAAGGGAGGACGGCCGAGUGGCGGAGAGAGCCGCUCAGAACGUGCUGGAGAAACUGAAGGGGAUGAGAACGUACCUGAUUUCAGGAAAGAUGUGGGAGUGCGAUGUGCAAUGUAGCUGCCCCCAGAUGAGAGCACCAGGUGGGGAGAUUGUGGGUGUCAGUCAUCCCUCCUGUCCUCAUGGGCCUGACCUCAUACUUGGAGGCGCACAAGCUGCAGAACCUUUACUGCUCCACCAGCCUGCCGACAGAACCGGGCCUCCGAGCUGUAGCUUGGUUGUGUCCUCUGCUGGGGACCAGAGUUGUGAUGUUGCUGUGCUCAACGGCUGCCAGGAAGAACACAAGACAAGCAGCAGCAAGUGUCUCUCAGGCCACAGUCCCAGAGCGGCCAACGGUCUGCUGAGCCCCCCCCUGGAUGACCCGGUGGGAGCCAGCCAGAGCUCCCUCUGCGACAUGCUCCAGGAGAAGGAGAAAAAGACCAGCACUGGGACUGGCACCAGUCUUGGCAUGGCUGGUGGUGCUGGGACAGCAAGCACCGGAAUGGAUCACUCCGCUCUCAUCCAGCUGCGUGCCAAAAACUUCAGAGAAAAGAGCGACGCCCACUUUGUGGACGUUAUCAGGGAAGACAGUUUGAUGAAGGAUUACUUCUUCAAGCCGCCAAUCAACAAGAUCAGCCUGAACUUCCUGGAGAGCCGCCUUGAAAGAGUCUAUCGUAGCAGCUAUCGUGAAGAGGUGAACAAUCGAGUCCAAGUGGAGACGUUCGCAAGUUCCACCUUCAGCAGCUUCAUGGACGUUCUGCUCAGCUGUUUCGUCUUCUUGGCUCUGACCGUGGCGUGUUUUCUGCCCCCUAUGGUGAGUCCGGCCACCGUCGGACCGCCAUCCUCCGCUGCCUUGGUGUUGGCCCCCCUGGCAGCUGUGCUGGAGCUGGCCUCACUGCUGCUGUCCAUACGCAUGGCCUUCUAUCUGGAUGAAGUGAUGAACUGCACGCACACCCUCAUCCUGAUUGUGUCGGGGUGGGUUGCGCGUCACAUAAUUGGGGCAGUGUUGGUCUCUCUACCUGCCAUCUCCGUCUUGUCCCACCUGAACUUCACUGCACACCUUCCUCUACAGGUGACCAUGUUUUUAUGCUGCGCCACCAUCCUCGCCAUCAUCCAAUAUUGCAACUUCUGUCAGCUCAGUUUUUGGAUGCGCUCAAUCCUGGCGACGGCUACUGGGGCUGCAUUGCUGCUGCUGUUGUACAGUACGUUACACAGUGCUGGAAAUAACCUGCCAGCUCACGGGUUGAACGUGUCCUCGUCCAGUGCUGCAAACUUGACUCCAAAACCAGACUCGUUGCCACCACCUCUUCAUAAUCUGGUGCCGGAGGUUGUGCUGGCCUUCUUCCUGCUGCUGCUCCUUGUUUGGUUUCUCAAUCGUGAAUUUGAAGUUAGCUACCGUCUGCAUUACCAUGGGAACUUGGAGGCAGACAAACACCGCCACAAGAUCCAGACGAUGCGGGACCAGGCUGAGUGGCUGCUGGGCAACAUCAUCCCUAUUCAUGUCGCUGACCAGCUGAAGGUGACACAGAGUUACUCCAAAAACCACGACAGUGUGGGAGUGAUCUUUGCCAGCAUUGUGAACUUCAGUGAGUUCUAUGAGGAGAGCUACGAGGGAGGCAAAGAGUGCUACCGCGUCCUGAACGAGCUGAUCGGGGAUUUCGACGAGCUUCUCCGUAAACCGGAAUUCAAAAGUGUCGAGAAGAUCAAGACCAUCGGCGCCACCUACAUGGCAGCUUCAGGUCUGAAUGUGCGGCAGAAGUCGGAGAAUGAUGAGGAGUCUCCACAUGCUCACCUGAAGGCCCUUUUCAACUUCGCCUUGGAGAUGAUGGGGGUCCUGGACGACUUUAACAAGAACAUGUUGGGUUUUGGGUUUAAACUGCGGAUCGGGUUUAACCACGGUCCGUUGACGGCAGGCGUGAUUGGCACCACAAAGCUGCUCUAUGACAUCUGGGGAGACACUGUCAACAUCGCCAGUCGCAUGGACUCGACCGGUGUGGAGUGUCGGGUGCAGGUGAGCGAAGAAAGCCAUGCAGUGCUCUGCGCUAUGGGAUUGGAGUUUGACUACAGAGGCACGGUGAAUGUCAAAGGCAAAGGGCAAAUGAGGACCUUUCUGUACCCCAAAAAUGGGCAACAUGUGUGCCAAGAACAACUGGAGCCCGGCACGACGGCGCUCUUACAGACAGAUUCGUCAUUUACACAGAAAGGUUCUGCCCUGGUUGCGGAUCCCCCCACACCCUCUGGCUCCAUGCUGGGCCAGACACAAAACACUGCAAAGCAUUUAGGCGUUCAACCCAAGCCAGCCCAAGUUAAGUUGAAAGGCUUGAAGGAUGAAGGAUACCGGGACUCUUGUAGCACUUCUGAACUAGCUGCAGAAACAGGUGCAGCACAAGGUCUUCUCUCAGAGGAGGACAACGAGGCUGAUGAGCUAACCAAACUCAAUGAGGAGUUUUAUUCUCGGCUUUGAUCCGCCUUCCCAGCUGCUAGUGUUCCAGACCGUCACCGAUGAGGAGCCUUUUUUCUUAAGCGAUUGUCUUAACAGAGAACGCAGACACUAGUUUGGACUCCAGAAUGGCUGCAGCGGUGUUGUUGUCUGGGAGGGUGAACCUGUGUAGAGCACAGCCCGUGGAAGGAUCCAAGCGCGGACGGACAGGUUGACUUGAUGUUUUUGUUUAUUGUCAUACUAAAGUGCCUUCAGGACUAGAGUAGCAAGCGAACAAAGAUCACUUCGAACAACAUUUCGACAAUCAUUUUGUGGGAUUGAACUUUUGAAAAUGCUGUCGGUUCCUGCUUCAGCCUCCUUCAAAUGAUCACCAUCCUUGUGCCAUAUUAACUAGUUUCAAUUUAAUCCAGUUCUCAUGCAUGUCGACGAUUCAUAUCGUUUUUUUCUAAAGAAAAAAAGUGCCAGUGCAACCUGAUAAAUCACUCAGCAGUGUUACUCGGCUCAGAAGGGCUCGCUAAACUGUGCGUGCACAGACGUGCGGUGAGGUUCGGUGCAGACAGAUUCCCAUUUAUCGAUGGCCCUCAGAUGACCAAUCUUAAGCACAAAACAAAAAGGGAAUUCAUAUUCGGGGAAAAAGGGGAAUUUUGCAAAUGCCGCAUCACAAAGCAUGAGGGCACUUUAAAUAAAGCUAAAUUGUGAAGAUCAGAACAGACCUAUGUUGUGUCAUAUCCCUUGGCCUAAGAGGGAUGGAUAGUUCUCACUCCUGCUUUCACAGGCUGAGGGUAUGUAUGAAAUGUCCGAUGACUAACAGGUGUAUUGUUACUUAAAGUGUAACUGUGAGUCACUGUUGAGUUCCUGCUAGAUGACAAGGUCAUCAAGAUAGUGGUCAAAGCACAGACACGACCUCAGAAUUUUCUAUUGCUACAUUCAUAGCCAGGAGCAGUAACACACAUUGGUCAGUCCAUCGCUUUGUUAACAGUGUAUUCUGUAUUUCUAAGAGUUUUCUGAUCUGGCACCAACCCUUUUUUUUAAAGACCCUGCUGCUGUGUUAUUUUGCUACGAUUGUACCACUCGGAUGGAGUUCAGUGUAGGUGCGGUGCGGCCUGAUUUAGCGGAUUAUCUUGUAGUGCCGUUUUGGGGAUAGCUUUUGUCAAAAAGGGAUGAAGAAAGAAUGCUCUUAAUGCAACAUUUUUAGUAAAUUCCACUUUUUAAGUGCUUAUAUUUUCUCAUAGUCGGUCAUUACCUGGUUGCCUUUUCGACUCCCGACACUCAAGUCAUGUCUGUAAUUUACUUUUAUGGUUUGCCUUCGCUGCAAAAAGCACUUCCAUUCUAUUGUGUGUGUGUGUGUGUGUGAUGGUGUGUGGGAAACUAGAAAGUCUGUAAUUGUUCCCCCUUUAUCUAAACUCCAAAUUUGAGGGAAUAUAUUGGUAAACGAACCUGCAAAAAAAACGGAUCACCUCAUGUUGUGUCGCAUAUUAAUUUUAAAUAUUUUUACCAUGACUAAAAAAUACAGCUUUGAUUGUGGACAACAUUGAAAUGUGCCUUUAAAUGAACAGUAUUUGUUCUCCAUCAGUGUAUGAGCUGCGGUUAUUUGUAUCAAAUAAUCACUGCCAGAGAAAUGGACUUCAAAUGAAAACAAAUAAUAGCAGUUAUAGGAAAGUGUCUUGAUCGAUAUGAAAAUGUAUAGUUUAUGCAAGAAAGAGUAACAUAUAAAGUAUAGAGAUAUCUCCGUAAUUAUAGCAUUUCAAGAGUAUUAAAACUGGUAUGGUGAGGCGUCACAUUUUCAUCAGAUACACUUUAUUUAGAGGCAGUGUUGUUUGAAUAACCAUUUGCACAUCUUGUGGUUCAACAUGCAGGACAAGUCAAAAAGCCUUUCUGACACUGUGUUUUGGAUUUAUUUUGGGGAAAUCCUUCAAGUCGCAAUGUGCAGUCAUAUGAACGCAUUGAUGGAAUCUAUUUGUGGAGAAGUUGUGGAAGCAAUCUUUUUAAUAGUUUGUGAGAAAAAUGACUGUACCGUGACAAAAAAAGGAACCACAUUCAGUUUCAACAGUGGGUUAGCAUUCGCAUAUAAUUGACUCUGCUAUAUGUUCUAAACACUUUUUUAUUUAAAGAAAUAAGAAAAAAGUACAUUGAUAGAAUUUUUACCUUUUAUGUAUUUGUUUCAUGGAAGAUUUGUAUAUUUGUUUUGUGCACAUUAUCUCUGUAUCUUUUAUCAACACAACAGCAUAAUGUAUACACAAUUGCACAUCGCACUCGGUGUUUGUACAUAUGCAGUUACUUUAUGUCACCUAUGAUUUUCUUUUUUAUACAUGUGCAUGUGUCCGAUUUUGCCAGACUAUGAAAAACACACAUUAUUGACCCAAGUCAUUGUGUGUCUGUUUGAGUAUGUGUGAGUGCAGUGACUUUAUUACUUGCAGUAUGAUUGAAAUAAGUGAGAAAUUAUUAAAACAAAUCAUACAAAAUAAAAUCAAAAAAACAAAAACAGAGUGAAGCGAAUGUUGGCUGUUUUUGAUUGUGUGGUUUGUAUGUUUAUAUGAGAGGUUUGCUCUGACUGGAGUCCCUGCGACUCUCAGACAUGUUAUAUAAAAGAAGGCAUGAUUCACCAAUUUCUUUGUCUCUCAAUGACCUGUUGUAUGUAAAUGUUUUAUAGCAGUAACUUUUCCCACCAAUUUGAGUCUCACUAGUUUGUUGUAUAUUCAUUACUGAGCAUUUUCUUUCCCACAAUACUGAUUUACUGAUACCUGCUAUGUCGGUAACUAAAAAUAUUUAAUGCUAAAUGUUCAAUUGGGUUUAGUUUUUUUUGUCAUAUCUCAAAUAAUUGUCUGUAAAUGUCAAUGUGUUGCUGUGAUUGGAACCCAGGAAAGGUGCCGUAAAACAACAAGUGUAUUAUUAUUAGUUCAAAUUUUCUGCACUUUUCUUGACAACACUUGAUAGUUUGCUGUUACAGUCGUGGUACUAAAGCAUCUUUUGAGAUGCUACUCCACUGCAUUUGUAUUUGUACCUGUGUGUUUUUAAGGUCACAAGAACCGUUGUGUCAGUGGUUGAAGAUACAGCUGAUGCCGGGUGAACGUCACCUAGAUCAAGUGGUUUGGCUGUCAGAGGGAAUCAGGCUAAUGGCGUGAUCUGGAAUACAAGUUUGAGGUGUUCGAUAUCAUGCUUACUUCCCUUUUAAACACUGCUGAGCGACUGCUUGUCCAUUACUUGUUUUCCAAAAGAGGAAUGAUGAACAUUUCAGUGUUGUCAAGAUUAUCACGAGAAGUCACUUAUGUAUUUGUUCAGCUGUCUACUGUUUAAUGAUAAUAUGACAGUGAACAACAUGACCAGAAAAACAAAUGAACUUUAAUAAAAUGAG